AUGCAUCCCGCUGCCCCUCUCCCUCUGCUCCUCACUCUGUCCACGGCAGCUCAUGCCCUCCCUAUCGUCGACUUCCUGCUUCACCCUCGAGCACCCACGAAGUCGUAUUCCGUCGUCAACGUCGAUGGAGAUGCCAGCACCGACGCCCCUCCCAUCGUCACCGUCACGAAAGACCCCGUGCAGGUGACCGUCACCGAGCGUGUUAGCCACACGGCCAGUCAGGAGUCGACUGCAGUCCAGCCGACCACAACAUCCACCUCCAUCGCCGUCGUGAACGUGGGAGGAGAUGGGCCCACGACUGUCACCGUCACACCGACAGAGAAGCCUGCUCCUGAGCCGACCUCCAUCUUCAGCUUCACCAAGCGCUCCUCAGUCUGCGCCUGCUUCAUCAACUACACCUCAACCCUCCUCUGCCUCAGAUGCUCCAAGACCAUCGUCGGUCUCAUCGAAUGCUCCUCCAGCCUCAUCACCUUCAUCCUUGGUGCCUCAGCCAACGUCCACCUCUCUUCCUAUCCCGGAACCUUCUUCAGCCUCGCCAAGCCAGACCCAGCCUGCUCCCUCAUCAGUCCCUACGCCAACGGCUCAGUCAACACACUGAAGACGAGCGCCAUCGAGACUCCAUCAACACCAGUCACAUCAGCCACCCCUAUCAUAGUCGUGCCUCCUCCUUGGACGGAGACCCCAGUUGCCCCAACCUCCGUUGCCGUCACAUCCGCGGCUGAACAAACAUCGACAUCCGUACCAGUCCCUCCUGUCAACACCACCUCAGUUGCUCCGAUAUCACCCACCUCGACGUAUCCCGUCUGGACUCCCGACUCGUCCAGCAGCACAGCAGCAACCCCAACCCAAGUCUACGAAACCGCCCACCCAACCACCUGGGCGCAAGAAACCAGCACCACUCUGCCUUCAACCUUCCUCACCAGCAUCGUCAGCCUCACCAGCUCGCCCUCGCCAAUCCCGACAUCAACAAAGAGCUACGACGACGGCUACUGGGCCACUAACAAGUAUCCCGACGGGAACACCACCGCCACCGCCGUUCCUCAAUGA